AUGUCUUCGUCCACUGCAGCUAAUUUCUUUGGUAGUGAAUCUAUUUUAAAUGACAACAAUUACAAGAAUAAAGUUGAAGGAGAAGAUUUUGUAACAUGGUGCACAACUUCGAAAGCGGAGCAAAGUAAAUGUGAGCUACUGGCAAGGGCUUCACAACUGGAUAAAGCGUUCUAUGGACAGGAUUACAUUGAAAUACGGUGUAAAAGAGCAUUUGACACAGAAGAAUGUAUGUCAUGGGUAGACAGGGGUGAAGCAUCACUUCUUGCAUUAGACGCUGGAGAAGUUUACGUUGCUGGAAGAUUUCACUCUUUAGUGCCUCUUGUACAAGAGUUAUAUGGAAGGGGAGAGCCAUUCCAAUAUUCAGUAGCAGUUAUAAAAAAGGACAGUCUACCAAAUGUUCAUCCUGAAAUAGGGCUCCAUGGAUUGAGAGGUGUGAAGGCCUGCUUUCCCGGAGUAGGAUCAUUAGCAGGAUGGGUCAUGCCAAUACAUAUUUUGAUGAAAGAAGGUGGUCUCAGAAUAACAGAUUGCAAUAAUCAUGUUAAAUCAGCAGUGGAGUAUUUCGGAGAAUCAUGUGCACCAAACUCUUUGAAAGACAUGUAUAAUCCUAUUGGAGAUAAUUCUGAUAAGUUAUGUAAGCUAUGUAUUGGAGAUGCGGGCGUACGCUGUACAUUAGCAGACCCGUACGCAGGGUAUGAAGGUGCCUUACGAUGUCUAGUAGCCAACGGCACUGGAGAGAUUGCCUUUGUGCGUGACACCACUAUACAGCAUGCCUUAUUGUCUCAUAAAAUUUUAGGUGGUGUAAGUGAAGAUAACUUUGAAUUGGUAUGCCGUGAUGGCUCCAGAAUGCCCGUGCAAGAAUGGGAAAAAUGUAAUUGGGGAAGGGUCCCUGCCGAUGCUAUUGUCACAAGUAGUGCUGCUACUGUAAAGCAAAGAAAAAGGUACCAAAACAUGUUGAACAAGACAUUAGAAUUGUACGGGGAACCAAAUUCACUAAAUAAGAUAUCCAAUCGUAGUGCUGAUUACGAACCAAGAGAUCCUUACGGUAAUCUCAUAACAAGCACUGAGCGCUCUAGCUACCAAUAUAACAUAUACAGAAAAGAAAAUUCGGACAGAAACCUUGAUGAUAUGAAUACGAAUUCAUCACCUUUUAAACAAAGAAUGGAUCUAUCUGGACAUCCAAUAGAAUUGCCGUUUAAAUUGUUUGAAUCUAAUAAUACUACAGAUUUAUUACUACAGGAUGCAACAAUCAACUUCUGGUUUCUCAAAGAAGAUGAGCAAGCGGCAAAAUAUAUAUUAAACAAUAAAUUUGUGGGUAACCAAGCGGAAAAAGCUGUACAGAGUAUAAGAGAUUGUCCAGUGAAGAGGGCUACCUUGUGUGUUACUAGCGACCCUGAAAUGGACAAAUGUAUUAAAAUGAGGGUGGCACUUAAAGCGGCUUACCUAUCUCCGACACUAGUGUGCUGGCGUGGACACAGCAUGCGGCACUGCGAGCGCGCCAUCGCAGAGGGCACGUGCGACUUCGCGCUGUUCGACGCGGCCGACAUGCUGCACGCGGCCUACAGGCACCGGCUCGUGCCCUUCAUGCAAGAGAUAUAUUCAAGCGGUGACAACUGGUACUAUGCCGUGGCAGUUGCAAAAGAACAAGAUCCUGACACUGACUUGACAUAUCUACGUGGCAAGAACACUUGUCACACUGGUAUAGGAAUGGCUGCUGGAUGGAUCUAUCCCUUGGCUUAUCUUAUAUCGAAUGGAUGGAUUAGGUCUUACGGCUGUGAUGGCGCACACGCGGCUGCCCAAUACUUCAGCAAGUCAUGCGCUCCCGGUGCAUUGAGCAGUGAAUACGUAGAUUCAGAAACCGUACCGCAUGACAAUUUGUGUCAUCUGUGCCACGGAGCUUCUUUCCGCCGCUGCCGGCGAGACGCAAGCGAAGAUUACUAUGGGCACGUAGGAGCCGUACGUUGUAUGGUGGAGGGCGGAGGCGACGUGGCCUUCGUGAGGCACAGCGCGCCCGCCGAGGUGUCGGGCGGGCGGCGCCGCGAGUGGUGGGCGCGCGACCUGCUGCCCGACGACUUGCAGCUGCUGUGUCCCGACGGUACUCGCGCUAAGAUGCACGAAUACAAAAAUUGUAACUUGGGAAAAGUUCCUGGUUCGGUGUUCAUGGGAAGAGCCAACCACACUGAGCUUGAUACUUACUCCAAUCUUAUGGUGUAUGCGCAGCAACUCUAUGGCUCUACUGCUUUAGAUGAAUUCAGUUUUAGCAUGUUCUAUUCACAACCACCAUACGCGGACCUCAUAUUCAGUGAUGCCGCUGUCCGACUAAAGCCACUUCCACACAGACAGCGUUCAGCAGAAAUCAUUGCGGGCAAGGCUUUAUCUAGAGCGGCUCGCAUUGUAUCGUGUGACGCGCCACAAGCCUCUUACUAUAUUGCUUCAGAUCCAGACUUUCUAUCAAGAGCCUAUAGAAAUGGUGUUGUUGGUCAUAUUAUUGCUAUUACUUUACUUUUUGUUGCACUGAUACGAUAAAAACAAGUGAAUGCAAUAUGUAUUGAAUUCGUUUGUUUUCAUAAUAUUUAGUAACUAUCCUUUAGUCAUUAAGAUUUAACCUUAUUCCGUCCAGCCAAGUGCCUGAUAUGAAGAGUAUAGUUCGCGUUGUGUAAAAAGAACGCUGGCCUUCAAGCUGCGCAAAAGCGAUUUACCGGUUUAUUUGGUGGUAUGAGAUAGGGGGCGGGGUGUGUGUAUGAAGGCGGAUUUAUCAUAUCAGCGUUCUUUUUACAUGACGCGAGUUAUACUAGACUAGGUUUAUAUAUAGUUUAAAGCAAUAAUUUAGUUGGACACAAAAAUAAUUAUAAAUGUAGAUCAUAAUAAGUAAUUGGGUGAUUUAUAAGCUAAAGAAUGAUUUGUACCUCUGUGAAAUUCUGGCCUCCUGAAAUUGUCUCUCAGGUAUUAUUUAGUAUUUACUAGGCAGCCUACUUUACAUUUUUUGAUUUUUGAUUCCGUCCAGUUGAAUCUCAUGUAUAACAUGCAUUUGUAAUAAAAUUUUACUUUCAAAUAAA